AAUCUCAAGUCUAAUAUGCAUUUGAGGAACGAAAGAAAUGAUGAUCAUCCGAACAUCAUCUAUCUUUGCUUUCUUAGUACUGCUAAUGAUCGAAUCAGCAGCAGGCCAGGUUCUGGCGAAGCCUGGUUGUCAUCAAAAGCUUUGUGGGAAUGUCAGCAUUCCAUACCCCUUUGGAAUCGGAACAGAUUGCUACAUGAAGGAAUGGUUUGAGGUCUCCUGUGAUAACGCUACCACACCUCCUAGGAUAUUCCUAAACCUAACCAGCGAAAAAAUAGAGGUACUGUAUUUCUCUCUUGUUCCCAGCUUUAUUAGCGUCAAACUACCCGUAAACUGCACGAACUGUGACAGAACCUUGGCACGUUUGAAUCUUGCUGGAAGUCCUUUUAUGUCCGUCUGGUCAACGUUAAACUUGGAGGAAUAUGUUCCAGGCGUGUUAGAAUGGGCGAUUACUGAUGAGGAUGUAACACAAUUACGACAUACAAAUGAGAUUACAUUUAAUUGUUUCGAGUUUCAUGGUCCUAAUGAUACUAUUGGUUAUGGUCAGUUUGAUGGUACUAUUGGUUAUGGUUAUUACAACGAUUCCUACUUGUUUUUCCCGUAUAAUUUAUCUUCAACGUCCUGGAACGCAAGUCAACGAUGUGUUUGUGAACGUGGAUUUGAAGGCAACCCUUAUCUACCUCAUGGAUGUCGCGGUGAACUUCAAUCUCCACUUUUUCUCUAGUUAUAUCUGUGUCUCGUUUCUUUUAUUUAUAAUAUUUAUUAUUUAAUUUUUUUACAAUAAUCUAUCAACUGGGCUUUGUUUCUUUUAUUUAUAAUAUUUAUUAUUUAUUUUUUUUUACAAUCAUCUAUCAACUGAGUUUUGUUUAAAAACCAUUAAACAUUAUAAGUUUUA